AUGGCGUCGAAAGAUCAAACCAGAUCCAGCGGCAAAAAACACAGUGAGUUAACUUCGAUUUACAUUGUGCUAGUUUAUGCUGCUUUUGGCGUUCUAAUUUUAACAAUAAAUUUGCAGUUUCUACAAGUGUGGAAGGGGAAGGGUCAUCUUCUCCAAAACGCCAAAAACCCAACGAGUAACGAAAGAAGACAACAAGAGGACAUGCUUGCCUUGGUGAACGAUGCUUGCAAUAGAAAAAAAUGGGACCGAAAAGAAGGAUACCCAAUUGAGUGGGUUACAACAGAUACUCUUGACUUGUUUGAGAGUGCAAUUGAAAAACUCCUUGUUGGCAAUGAAGUAAAAAGGAAAACAGUUAAAAAGGCUAAGGAAGGCAAACCCAAAAAAAACAAGAAAAAUGCAGAUGAUGUUGACAACGUUGAUGACCAUGUUGAUAACGACGAUGAUGAGUUUUAUGAUGAUGAUAGUUUUGAUCAUGAUGAUCAUUAUGAUUAUGUUGGGCUCCACCUUGUUGUGCAAAACGCCAUGCACAUCAAUGAUGAGAAUGAGAAUGAGAAUGAAGAUAAUGAGGAUGAAGAGGCUUCGCUUCAAAGGAUGGUGAAUGAGGAUAGAGAAAGCCGGGAAAUGAUGUUUGAAGUUUCUGUAUCAGGGAACCAUGCUCUUGUCAGAGGAGUAAAACAAUAUGACAAUAUUUUUGCUGAUGAAGAAGAACAAAACAAUGAAACUAAAGAGGAAAUGGCUGAUAAAUUGGAUGGGGCACACAAAGAAUUAGAAGACUGUUACAAUAAACUGAGCACAUUGUUAAAGCAGUCAAAGACUGAAUAUCUAAACAGCCUCCUGGUACACAUUAAAUACUCACAAUGUCUGACAUUGUUGGAGAACAUCUCAAAAUUAGUUGAUGAAAACGCCAAGGAAGUGCCAGCUGAAAGAGAACAAGGAAAAUAUGAAACCGAGGUUGUACUAGGAGGUGAAAAUGAAGAAAAAGGGGAGAAGGAGAUGACUGGAAUAGAAAAUGCCAUUGAAGUGCAAACAGUUGAUGAAAACGCCAAAGAAGUUGAAAAUCAACGAGAAGGAGAAGGAGGAGGUGAAAAUGAAGAAGAAUGGGAGAAGGAGAUGGUUGGAAUAGAAAACGCCAUUGAAGUGGAAACAGUUGAUGAAAACGCCAUUGAAGUGGAAAGAGUUUAUGACAACGCCAUUGAAGUUGAAAAUGAAGGAAAAAAGAGAAGGAGAAGGAAAAAGGGAAGGAGAAGGAAAAGGAGAAGAGGAAGGCGAGGUGGAAGGGGAUGGAGAAGGAAAAGGAGAAGGGGAUACGAGAGUAGAAAAAGAAAGGGAUAUGGCCGGAGAACAAAACACCGAACCCUCAACUGCUACAACAGGCCCAAUAUAUGA